AUGGGCGGCGCCCUCACGUUCGCCGCGGCGCAGCACGCGGGCGUCGACUGCGCGGCGCCGUUUUACGGCACGCCCGACCCGGCGGUCUGCACCCCCGAUGAGAUCAAGGUCCCGGUGCAGGCGCACUUUGGCAAGCUGGACACGUUUGUCGGCUUCAGCGACCCCCCCACCAUUGAGAAGGUGUAUGAGAAGAUGAAGGGGGCCGGGUGCAAUGUGGAGCUCUUCACGUACGACGGGUCUGGCCAUGCAUUCAUGAAUGCCCUCACCGAGUCCGGGCGCCAGAAGAUCAAGACCAUCGGCCAGGCGUCGCCGCCGGAGGAGGAAGUCAAAGCGGCGUUUGACCGGCUGAUCUCGUUCUUGAAGAAGCACCUCGCUGAAUGA